AUGCAGUUCGCCAUUCUCGCCUCUCUCUUUGCGCUGUCGUCGUCGCACGCCGCCAGCGCUCAGUUUCUUCCUGGGCUGUUCCCUUGCGGAUUCUCCGUUUGUGGCAUCGUGGUCGCGGGUCCCGGCAACACCCCGCCCAUGGCCGAGAGAAGCGCCGACUGCUCCAGCUUCUUGCUGACCACCGUCCAGUCGACAGUAACUGAAAUUUCGUCAACCUCCACUUCCGUCACCACCACCAUUCCUACGACCUUUUCGACUACGACAUUGACCACGGCCACGGCCAUAACCACCCUUGGACAGCCGGGACGUCUGGUCCGCCGCGCCACCGUAACCCCGAGUGUUCUUCCGGCCUACGCGAUCAUCUGUAACCCUUCGGCUUACAUUUCUGCUUGCGCGUGCAUGGGCGUCACUGGGAGCACGACCACCCUGGAUCCCACCACCACCACCACCUUGACAGUCUCGACAGGCACUAUCACGUCGUCGCCGACGAUCACCACCGUGGUCUCGACAAGUGUAGAAACAGCUACUUUGACUGUGACCCGUAUUUGA